AUGCCCAUGACUGCCGAGAGCCUUGCGACAAGCAUAAACUUUGCGCUCCAAGAUUCGGUCAAGGUCGCUGUUCAAAAGAUGGCCGAGAGUAUUGCGGAGGAAGACGGCGCUGGCGAUACUGUGCGCGACUUCCAGCAGAAACUCGGCAUUGAUGGCAUGCGAUGUCAUAUCUGUCCGGAUCGCCUAGCUAUCUGGCGUGACAAAGAGACUGGAGCACAUCUGAGUGGCUUGGCAGCCUCCGUGCUUGUCCAAGAAAGACGGUUGGAUCUGAAGCAUCUACGUUUGCUGCAACAUCGGCAUUACUACACCCAUGAAGGUGCUGAAGGGCCAUUCGUCGGUGUCGUCGCUGCUUUUGGAGGACUCAUGGCCUCUUUGGGUACCGAUACAGGCGAGUUCUCGCAGCGGCUGAAGAAGAGACCUCGCGAGACGGACGCCGACGCAGAAGCCUUGAGAAGAGUGCCGACUGUUGAUGAGCCAGACGUGGAGAAGGGUAUAACAUCUAAACACUUUCACCAUUUGGCGUACAGGAUGGCGGAGAAGUCAUGCGAUGAUGACUACACGCACAAUUUCGAGAAGCCGCAGAACCGCCCGGGCAUCUCAGCUCUUCGCGAGAAGAUCGCUGCAAGGAGAGCAAGAGGCGGCCGAGGGUAUCAGAUCACAAGCGCCACCGCGCAUUACGUUGGUGAUCUUGCGGCUACAGGAGCCAAAACCCCAGUCGCCUUCUUCUACAACAUCGCGAACGGCUUCCGGAACUUACCCUCAUACGCAAUUCACAACGACCCCGCGCGUCAAAGAGACGAAAUCACCGGGUUUGGUAGCGGCUGCAAGCUCGCCGGCAAAGAAUUCGUGCUCGGCCUCAGCGACGCACUUGUAGGCAUCGUUCGACACCCCUAUCUCGGCGCGAAACAAGAAGGCGCCAUCGGAUUUGGCAAAGGAAUUGGGCGAAGUCUUGGAGGGUUAUACUGCCACUUGGGAGCCGGUAAGUUCGGGUUCCGAAUAUUCCGAUAUUCGCUUAUCUAA